AUGUCUAAGUUCUACGUUUGUUCUGCUGGCUGCAACCAGACUUUCACCAGGUUUCCUGACAUGAAGAAACAUGAGGCCACUCAUUCAGCGAAAGGGUACCUCUGCACCUGGCCCGGGUGUGACUUUGCGACAAUGCUAAAAGCCAGCUACGACAUCCAUUCUGCUAAACAUGCGGGCGAGCAACGCCACAUCUGUCCUCACGAUGGUUGUGACUUCAAGACUCACAACCCCUCCCUUCUCACGUGCCACCGCAAGAAAAAACAUGGUUAUGUUCCUCUGCCGCGCGGUCGUGGUGCCACCUCCGCAACAGAGUCCCAGCCUCCGGCACAGCACAACCCCCCGACACAGCCCCUGCCCUCUGGCACAUCGUACCAAUACCAACCCCCACCUAUCAACAACCAAUCGUUGGGAGUCUUAUACGGGUCAGCAGAUACCACGGACGAGUAUACUAUGUAUACCGGACCCGCUCGGGCCCAAAAUGGGUGGACUGAGGGAUGCAUGUGUCCUGAAUUGAUGCAGAGGCGCCCUUCGGAGUUUCCGGGGUAUGAAUAUAGGCGUCAUUAG